CUUGACAAAGGAAACAAGAGGGAACCCCACCUAGUCAAUUUUCGCACAAAAGAGUGGUGCUGGUUGUCUCCCUUCAUGAGUGAUGUUAUACUCGGCCAAAUAAGGUGAAUGAGGUGUCCUUGGAUAGCUUUUGAAGUCUAUUUUUAUGAUUGAGUGGUCUCUGUUCGAGAGGAGAGAGUAAUCAUCCAAAAAUCGAUCUGGAACGAGCAGUGGUCUGUGAACUCGAGCUGUGAGAGUGCUGAGACUGUUUGGUUGAUAUCUCGAGUUUUACCAAUACAAUUAAGGCGUGUGAGAUACCAAAAGAAAGCUCUCAAGACGAGGAAUCCGUGAAGGUCUGGUUUUCAUCAAUCGGAGUAGAGGAAGGCUUCCAAAUCGUCCGAGCAGAACGCGACCUCGCAGGAACGGAUUUACUCUUCUAAGAAUCGAGUUAGCCGGAAAACACCCGUUCUAGGGGCUGUUUUCGUAUCAACGGUUAGGGGUUGAAUUAGCAACUUGAGGAAGCUGUUUAACACCCAUUUUCAAGCAAGGAACCAGUUCUCAAUCUUCCUUGGCCGAGGCUUUGGUCAUUGGAUCGAGAAGGAAAGUUUUAAAGCUCAUUUGAGGUUGAGGCUAGAGCUUGCUUCCUGUGCUCGUUGCUCGAGAGAUCAUCUAGGAGGGAAGACUUGGUUCGUGCUUCCUCCAUUCGGUUUUUUAAACAUUAACAAACAUGCUCAUGAAUAUUUUACUAUAGAGCCUGCGUGCUCAUGUUAGCCACAUGUGGCAUUUGUUUUCAAACUAUGUUUUCCGCUACGUAUUCGAUUGCUUAUUAUGUUGUUUAUGGAUGGCUUGCGUGUGAGCGAUAUUCUAGACGCCUUGUAUAAUAUGAACGUGUUGGACUGCGGUUGACUAUUCAUAUUGUACGGCGGGUUGUUGACGUGUCCGGGGAGGUCCAGGGCGUGACAAUCAAGUUGGUAUCAGAGCCUUAGUCCAUAAACUUCAUAAUGAAGUCUCAAAAUUCUCUUUUGAAAAGAUUUUGAAAACCAUGAGCAUAGAAGUUUUGUACUUGGAGAGCUUUUGGUACUUGAGUUGCAAGGUCUCUAAUUGUUAAGAUGGUACCCUUAGCAAUUGGUAUGGCAGUGACUCGAGCCAAAAUGUGUCUUAAGUACCUAUCCGUCAAUUGACAUUUGAUACGAGUCUAACGACUCUUUCCCAAUUUCUUUCAGAAAUGGACCGUGGUGGCAGGAUUACUAGGAGAAACCCGACCGGCCGUGUACCAGAGGAGACUGGACAGGGCAGUCGAAGGACCUCUAGGGCAUCUAGAGGAGCUGGCCGUGGAGGCCGAUCACAGACCGUGAGUGACGGUCAUGUUGACACAGAAAGUGAAACCUACUGGUCCUAUGAGGACUCGACUUACCAACCGGAAACCGAGCCGGUUGAGACCCCUUACGAAGGGGAUGACGAUGAUGUGAGCGAUGAAGAGGGGGAGAAUGACUCCCUAGCAAGAAUAGAGGCGCUGCUCCAACAAUAUCAACGGGAGCGCGAGGAAAGGAGGGAACGCCGAAGGCGCCGGGGAGGGCGAAUUUCGGGUGAGGCUUCAAGAGGAAGAAGCCAUGGCGAUUCUCGGGCCCACAUUGAACCACAUGGGGGCCGGGGUGAUGGAGGUCCAAUCAUAAGGAUCUCAAAAUUUCUUAAAGAGGCUAGGGACUUGGGGUGCAAACCCUUCAACGGAGCAGGCGACAUCUCGGUCGCCGCGGAAUGGAUCAAGAGGUUGAACGAGGCAGCCCUUGAUAUGCAACUCACCCCCGAAUUUAAACUAAGGGUGGCGGUGAGAUUGCUUGAAGGGAUGGCAUCCACAUGGUGGGAUGGAGCCAAGGGAAAGUAUGGCAAUACCGUGACUUGGGAGAAUUUCCGACAGAAGUUCUUUGCCCAAUAUUAUUCUGAUUUUGAGGUGAACGCUAAAAGGAGAGAGUAUACCCUCCUGACCCAAGGUGGCAAGAUGACGGUGAGGCAACUUGAACAUAAAUUCAGGGAGCUCGCGGAGUUCAUACCGGAGUAUGUCUGUGACGAGAACCGGAUGGUAAAUCACUUCUGGGAUGCCUUAGACCUGGAGGUGCGUGAGAGGGCAACACAGUUGCCUAACAUGACCUUUAGCCAAGUGGUCGAGCAAGGGUUGAAAGGAGAGAAAGAAUGGGAAGAGAGAAAGUUGAAAAACGCCGAAGAGGCGAAGAAGAGAAAGUGGGAGAACCAUGGACCUCAAGGUCCUAGCAAAAAGGGGAACCAUGGGGGAGGAGGAUCCUUUCGGACACCCCCACUGCCAUCUAGGGGGAGUCAAGGCCCGGGCGGGCAAUCACAAGCCUCGGGGGGGACUCGUUGCAAGAAUUGCAAGAGGAACCACCUGGGGAAAUGUCGUGACCCUCCUAGAUGCUAUCAAUGCGGAAACACCGGGCACUUGAAGAUGAAUUGCCCACAAUUGGGUGGGGCAAGGUCAUCGGGACCAAGUAGUGGUAAUACCGGGACACGGAAUCAAGCCGGGACUUCACAAGCAUCCAGGGGGCAAGGGGGAGCAAGCGCAAGCAAUGCGCCGUCCGUGAAUCAAGGAAGGACUCAAGCUAGGGUCUACGCGAUGACGGAGGCGGAUGCUCAAGCUAACCCGGAUUCCGUUGCAGGUAUUGCCUCUCGUAUGCUAGUGUUUUAUCCUUAUUUAGUCCAUAAAUUGAGGUUACUAAUCGCUAGGAUCAUUGCACAAGGUUUUGGGGUCAAACCGGGGGAUUUCGGGCAACUUCAGGCGGCUGGAACCCAGGCACGAUCGUGCCUAAGGCAGACACGAUCGUGCCUCCAAGUCAGUAGCUGCCCAGGAAUUUCCCCAGCCCAGGCACGAUCGUGCCUAAGGCAGACACGAUCGUGCCUACAAGGCAGUAGCUCCCCAGGUGUUUCCCCAAACCAGGCACGAUCGUGCCUAAGGCAGACACGAUCGUGCCUCCAAGGCAGUAGCCCCAGGGCUUUUUCCGGAGCCAGGCACGAUCGUGCCUACCCCAGGCACGCCGUGCCUGGCACCCAGAUUGCCGAAGUGCGAUUUUUUCGCACCGUUUUGCGACGAUAAGACCUUUUCUUGAUCCCUAACGUGCGUGUGAACAUUGUAACCUUCUAUAAAUGAGUAGGGAGGGUAGGAAAGAUGUCUUACACGGUUCAUGAAUGUAGGAACACUAAAGAUUAAUGGGAAGGAUGCGCGAAUCCUUAUCGAUACCGGGGCGCAACGUUCAUUUGUGAAUGAAGCGUUCGCCAAGAGAUUGGGAGUGCAAUCCGCACCAUUGAUGCAAACCUUAGUGGUAUCAACACCACUAGGGGACGACGUGGAAAGAACUUGUUACUAUCCAUCUUGUGGGGUGGAGGUUAAUGGUCAAACCUUGACGUGUGACUUCGUACCGCUGAGCAUGAUUGAAUUCGAUGCAAUCCUAGGGAUGGAUUGGCUAGAAAGGAACCAUGCUAGGGUAGAUUGCUACACGAAGGUUCUUGAACUCGAAGGCAAUGAUGGGGAGACCCUACGCUUCGAGGGCGAUCGAGGGAGAUCAAAUAGCUGUAUCAUAUCCGCCGUGAGAGCGAGAAGUAUGAUGAGAAAGGGAUGCCACGCAUAUCUAGCAUACGUGGUUGACAAAACCAAAGAAGAAACAAACAUCGACGAUGUAAGGGUGGUUUGUAAGUAUCCGGAUGUCUUUCCAAAAGAUUUACCGGGACUUCCACCCGAUAGAGAGAUUGAAUUUGUGAUCGAGGUCGAGCCCGGCACCAAACCAAUCUCCAUACCGCCAUACCGUAUGACACCCGCUGAACUUAACGAGUUGAAAACCCAAUUGCAAGAGCUUUUGGAUAAUGGUUUCAUUAGACCAAGCCACUCCCCGUGGGGAGCACCAGUUCUUUUUGUGAAGAAGAAAGAUGGGACACUUCGAAUGUGCAUUGACUAUCGUCAACUGAACAAGGUCACAAUCAAGAAUAGGUAUCCCUUGCCUAGGAUUGAUGACUUGUUUGAUCAACUACGAGGAGCAACCGUGUUUUCGAAGAUUGACUUGAGGUCGGGGUACCAUCAAUUGAAGAUUAAGGAAGACGACAUACCAAAGAGUGCUUUCCGCACAAGGUAUGGGCAUUUUGAGUUCCUUGUUAUGUCGUUUGGGUUAACAAACGCCCCAGCGGCAUUCAUGGACUUGAUGAACCGAGUAUUCCAUAAAUACUUGGAUCGGUUCGUGAUUGUGUUCAUAGAUGAUAUCUUGAUUUACUCGAAGAGUGAAGAAGAGCACGAGGAGCAUUUGAUACUUGUUCUUGAGACACUACGGGAGAAGCAACUUUAUGCCAAAUUUUCUAAAUGUGAAUUUUGGCUAAAGGAAAUUGGCUUUCUCGGGCACGUGGUUUCAGGAUCGGGAAUUGCUGUUGAUAACAAGAAGAUAGAAGCCAUUACCGAAUGGGAGAGACCAAAGAAUGUCAAGGAAAUUCGUAGCUUCCUUGGAUUGGCAGGCUAUUACAGAAAGUUCGUGGAAAAGUUCUCUGUUUUGGCGUCGCCGUUGACGAAGCUCACUCGAAAGGGAGCUAAGUUUAUAUGGGAUGACAAAUGUGAGAAAGGAUUCAUCGAACUGAAGAAGAAAUUGACCGAGGCACCGGUACUUGAAUUGCAUUACCCAAACAGGGUGUGGGGUACGAUGUCUAUAGUGACGCGAGCAUCCAAGGGUUUGGAUGCGUGUUGAUGCAGAAUGGGAGGGUAAUCGCCUAUGCUUCACGACAGUUGAAGAAGCACGAGAUGAAUUAUCCUACUCAUGACUUGGAGCUGGGGGCUGUGGUGUUUGCACUGAAGAUAUGGAGACAUUAUCUCUACGGGGAGACAUGUCACAUAUACACUGAUCACAAGAGCUUGAAAUACGUGUUUACUCAGAAGGAGCUAAACAUGAGACAGAGACGGUGGAUGGAGUUGAUAAAAGACUACCAUCUAGUGAUAGAGUAUCACCCAGGCAAGGCAAACGUGGUGGCAGAUGCCUUGAGCCGGAAGAGCUCGUCUGGGGCAUUGCUAGCUAAUUUGAGGGCAUUAAGAGCCCAACUGGAGGUAUCUAGCGAUGGUGCCUUAUUGGCACGAUUUGAGGUGAGACCUACCUUACUUGAUGAGAUCAAGAAGAGUCAGGAAGCUGACGAAGAAAUUAUGAAGAUCCGGGAACGCAUGCAAGCGGGACCGGUGGAGGAUUUCAAGGAAAGAGAUGAUGGUCUCUUGUUAUUUCGUGACCGAGUGUGUGUACCGUCAGAUGAUGAGCUCCGAAAGUCCAUCUUAGAGAAGGCUCAUUCAUCGGCUUAUGCCAUGCACCCGGGGGGCACGAAAAUGUACCGUGAUUUGAAAGCAAGUUACUGGUGGUCUGGAAUGAAGAGGGAGAUAGCCGAGUACAUCAGUCGAUGCCUUACUUGUCAACAAGUUAAGGCAGAACAUCAGCAUCCAGCAGGCUUGUUACAACCACUUUCCAUUCCUGAAUGGAAGUGGGAACAUGUGACAAUGGACUUCGUGGUAGGUUUACCACGGACACUUCGGAACUAUGAUGCAGUUUGGGUUGUUGUGGAUAGGCUCACGAAGAGUGCACACUUCUUGCCUAUCAACACUACCUACCCACUUGAGAGGUUAGCCAAAUUGUAUACGGAUGAGAUCGUGAGGCUGCAUGGGGUCCCAGUGACCAUUGUAUCUGAUAGAGACCCACGAUUCACAUCACGUUUUUGGCCGAAAUUUCAGGAGUCUAUGGGAACGAGGCUGAAGUUCAGUACUGCUUUCCACCCACAGACGGAUGGGCAGUCUGAAAGAGUCAUACAGAUCUUAGAAGACAUGCUGAGGGCUUGUGCAUUGGAGUUCCAAGGAAGUUGGGACAACCACUUAGCACUUGUGGAGUUUGCCUAUAACAACAGUUAUCAGGCGAGCAUUGGCAUGCCUCCAUACGAGGCAUUGUAUGGGAGGAAGUGCCGUACCCCGUUAUGCUGGGAUGAGGUUGGCAUGGCCAAACUCGAGGGUACCGAAUUGGUUGAGAUCACCAAGUCAAAGGUGAAGUUGAUUCAAGAGAGACUCAAAGCGGCUCAGGACAGACAGAAGAGUUAUGCAGAUAAGCGUCGAAGGACCUUGGAGUUUAAGGUUAAUGACGAGGUAUUCUUGAAAGUUUCCCCUUGGAAAGGAAUCAUUCGAUUCCAAACCUGAGGAAAACUUAACCCACGAUAUAUAGGUCCAUUCAGAAUUAUAGAGAGGAUUGGGGCCGUAGCAUAUCGUCUACAGUUGACUCCUGAGUUAGAGAAGAUACACAAUGUGUUUCAUGUAUCCAUGCUUAAGAAGUAUGUGCAUGAUCCCUCUCACGUAUUAGAAAAGCCGCCUGUGGAGGUACGUGAGGAUUUGAACUACGCUGUGCAACCAAUCAAGGUCACCGAUAGGAAGGUGAAGAAACUGAGGAGCAAAGAAGUCCCGAUGGUUAAAGUCCUUUGGAAGAGCGACCGGGUCGAAGAAGAGACAUGGGAAACAGAGGCCUUGAUGAGGAAACAGUAUGCUUUCCUAUUCGAGUAGAGCUGUGAAUUUCGGGGACGAAAUUCCUGUUAAGGGGGGGUGAACUUGUGACACCGCACCCGAACGUCCUUGAAAAUUCAAAUUAAAAAUUCAAAGUUUAUGUAUUGAAUUUAUGAUUCCCAAACAAUUGUGAAACGAUUGUUGUUUUACGUAAUUAACGAUUGAUUAUUAUACUGUUCGAACUCGUAUAUUAGUAUCGGGCCUUAUUAAUAAAUAAAAGGGCCUAGCAUUUUCUAAAUAGUGAUACAUAACGUUUCAAGACAAGUUGAGGAGGGGUGGGCGGCCCAGAUAUUAUUUUGGGCUCAACCCGCUAAAAUAGCAAGUAUUCGAGAAUGGCGUCGUAGGCCCACUCGGGGAGACCCACACGGCUUGUAGCCCAAUAAUAUGAAUGACAAUGUCAAAAUAAGUGAUAGGAUGAUUAAAGAAAAGUACAAAUGCCUAUAACCCCAUCUUUGGCAUUAUUGAGCCAAAUAAUGGGAGUAGGAUUUUCCUUCUAUAUUAUCCAUCAAGUAAAUUAUUGAGAUGAGCCUACACAUAUUGGAGAUCAAUAAUGUUAUGUAGGAAGUUGAGUUGUUCUAAAUAAGUUAGGAUGAGUACAAAAAGACAUCUUUGACAAAAGAUAAAACAAUAGGACCCAUUCUUCCAUUUUGGAUGUAUUGAUUAAUGUUUUGCUCCCAAAAAUAAUUGGGGAACACAUGCUGCGCCCCAUCCUUUCUUUUCCACCUGCAAGACAAGAAAAAUAAGGUUAGGAGACUGCCAUAGCUGACUCUAGGGGCUGGACUUGACAAAGGAAACAAGAGGGAACCCCACCUAGUCAAUUUUCGCACAAAAGAGUGGUGCUGGUUGUCUCCCUUCAUGAGUGAUGUUAUACUCGGCCAAAUAAGGUGAAUGAGGUGUCCUUGGAUAGCUUUUGAAGUCUAUUUUUAUGAUUGAGUGGUCUCUGUUAGAGAGGAGAGAGUAAUCAUCCAAAAAUCGAUCUGGAACGAGCAGUGGUCUGUGAACUCGAGCUGUGAGAGUGCUGAAACUGUUUGGUUGAUAUCUCGAGUUUUACCAAUCCAAUUAAGGCGUGUGAGAUACCAAAAGAAAGCUCUCAAGACGAGAAAUCCGUGAAGGUCUGGUUUGCAUCAAUCGGAGUAGAGUAAGGCUUCCAAAUCGUCCGAGCAGAACGCGACCUCGCAGGAACGGAUUUACUCUUCUAAGAAUCGAGUUAGCCGGAAAACACCCGUUCUAGGGGCUGUUUUCGUAUCAACGGUUAGGGGUUGAAUUAGCAACUUGAGGAAGCUGUUUAACACCCAUUUUCAAGCAAGGAACCAGUUCUCAAUCUUCCUUGGCCGAGGCUUUGGUCAUUGGAUCGAGAAGGAAAGUUUUAAAGCUCAUUUGAGGUUGAGGCUAGAGCUUGCUUCCUGUGCUCGUUGCUCGAGAGAUCAUCUAGGAGGGAAGACUUGGUUCGUGCUUCCUCCAUUCGGUUUUUUAAACAUUAACAAACAUGCUCAUGAAUAUUUUACUAUAGAGCUUGCGUGCUCAUGUUAGCCACGUGUGGCAUUUGUUUUCAAACUAUGUUUUCCGCUACGUAUUCGAUUGCUUAUUAUGUUGUUUAUGGAUGGCUUGCGUGUGAGCGAUAUUCUAGACGCCUUGUAUAAUAUGAACGUGUUAGACUGCGGUUGACUAUUCAUAUUGUACGGCGGGUUGUUGACGUGUCCGGGGAGGUCCGGGGCGUGACACAGAGGGUAUUGGAUGAUUCUGGUCCAAGUUUGGCACCUGUUUUGCCUAAGUUGUUGUUUCUGCUAAAUGGUUUUUUGAGUUUUCUUGUGAUGAACAAU